GCGCGCGGUCCGGCCAUGGCCGGAGAGCGGCCCCCGCUGGGCGGCCCGGGGCCGGGGCCCGGAGAAGGGCCCGGGGAGGCCGGGGGGGAGGGGCCCCCGGCGCCUGGGGGCGGGGGCCGCCCCUCCUCCUACCGGGCACUCCGCAGCGCAGUGUCCAGCCUAGCCAGGGUGGACGACUUCCACUGCGCGGAGAAGAUCGGGGCCGGCUUCUUCUCAGACGUGUACAAGGUCCGACACCGACAGUCCGGACAGAUCCUUGUGCUGAAGAUGAACCGGCUUCCCAGUAACCGGGGAAACACACUUCGGGAGGUGCAACUCAUGAACCGACUUCGGCACCCUAACAUCCUUCGGUUCAUGGGGGUCUGUGUGCAUCAGGGGCAACUUCACGCCCUAACUGAGUACAUUAAUGGGGGAACCCUGGAGCAGCUCCUCAGCUCCCCAGAGCCUCUGACCUGGCCAGUUAGACUCAGCCUGGCCCUGGACAUUGCAAGGGGCCUGCGCUACCUACAUGCUAAGGGUGUUUUCCAUCGGGACCUCACCUCCAAGAACUGCCUGGUACGCCGGGAAGAGGAGGGCCUUACAGCUGUGGUGGGUGACUUUGGGCUGGCAGAGAAGAUCCCUGUGUACAGAGAAGGGGCAAGGAAGGAACCAUUGGCUGUGGUUGGCUCCCCAUACUGGAUGGCACCUGAGGUACUUCGAGGAGAACUAUAUGAUGAGAAGGCUGAUGUCUUUGCCUUUGGGAUUGUCCUGUGUGAACUCAUUGCCCGGGUGCCUGCUGACCCUGACUAUUUGCCCCGAACUGAGGAUUUUGGUCUGGAUGUUGCUGCUUUCCGUGCCCUGGUUGGGGAGGACUGCCCCCCACCCUUCCUCCUCCUGGCCAUCCACUGUUGUAGCAUGGAACCUAGUUCCCGAGCCCCCUUCACCGAGAUCACGCAGCAUCUGGAACACAUCCUGGAACAGUUGCCUGGGCCCCAGAGUCUGGUUAAGCCGGCCCCCUCUGCCCCAACCCAGGCAUCAGCCCCAAGAGAUGGUCCAUCUACUACUCCUCCUCAGCACUUGCCACUGCCCCCUGAUCCCCGGCUUGCUCGCAGCCGCUCUGACCUAUUCCUUCCACCAUCCCCAGGGUUGCUUCCUUGCUGGGGAGAUACCCAGGCCCGAGUCAACCCCUUCUCACAGAGGGAAGACCUUUGGGGUGGCAAGAUCAAGCUCUUGGACACACCCAGCAGAAGGGCCAUCCCCCUGUUGCCACUGCCCACUGCCACCCCAACUCCGGUGACCACACCUGAGCCUCUGGUUCAGCUACCUUACUCCCGCCCCCUACCAGAAACCCCUGCCCGAAGAUGCCGCUCUCUACCCUCCUCUCCAGAGCUGCCUCGCCGAAUGGAGACUGCUCUACCUGGGCCUGGCCCACCUCCUGUGGGCCCCUUUUCUGAGGACAGGAUGGAUUGUGGGGGCAGCAGUCCUGAAACAGAGCCCCCAGGGCCUAGGCCCUACCCAUUCCCUGCUGAAAUCAACGACAAUUUCAUCAGCACCUGUUCCUCAGCCUCCCAGCUCUGGUCCUCCAGGGCACGACCGUCCACAGGACUCCUGAUUAACAACAAUCCUUCACCUGUGGUAGUGAGCUCCCCUACCGGCUGGGGUGGCCAACCCUGGGGCAGAGCUCAGCGAAGCCUGCCUCAGGCCACAGCCCUAGAACGGACUGAGCCUCCUACCCUUCCCCCGACUGUGGCCCCCAGGGACCCAGAUGAGGGGCUGCCCUGCCCCGGCUGUUGCCUUGGCCCCUUCAGCUUCAGUUUCCUGUCUGUGUGCCCCCGACCCACACCUGCUGUAGCCCGCUACCGCAACCUGAACUGUGAGGCCGGCAGCCUCCUCUGCCACCGAGGGCACCAUGCCAAGCCGCCCACGCCUGGCCUACAGCUGCCUGGAGCCCGCUCCUAGCAACAGGGAGUGGGGGAGGUCUUGUCCCUUGUGCCCUGAACUUUGGUCUUCAGAAGGCUGAUGGACUAUCCCCUGAAUAUAGCAGUUAGAGCCUGGGCAGUGCCAGCCUCAGCAACCCACUCCCUACCUAGGUUCAAGAGACUGGAGUCUGCUGUUGGGCAGUGGUGGCUGGGACAGAACUGGUAGCCACAGAACACCCUCCCCAAAACAGCUUGGACUCAAAGGCUAGAGCACUCCUUAGCCAAGCCCCAGGACCCUCCAGGGUCCAACACAGCAUCACUGACAUGGACACAUGUGGUGUGACUGACACACAAGACUAACACACAAAUUAUUUAAAAGUAUUUCAAUAAAACUGCCUGGCUGGCUCCGGGCCGCCCGCACCCAA